AUGAAAAGAUGAAAGCAGCAACAACACAAAGAAAGCUGCCGUCUCAUUCCUUUCCUUGUCCACAACUCGACUACUGCAACACAACACCGUCUUCUAGCUACUACCGUACUAACUACUAUCUUCUACAAUAAUUACAAUGUCAGCACCACGUUGGGGAGAUGAUUUGGAUGAUUCGGACGACGAAGAGCCGGCGGUAGUGGUAUCUCCCGUCAAAAGUACCAGUGGCGAUGUGACCACGACGGGUGUCGUGGUUCCUCCCACGCACAAGUCUCGCAUUGACGCCAAGGGUGUUCAGAUUGUGACUUCCUAUCGUCCUCAUCCGGCCAAUCCCAAUCAAUUGUGGAAGACCGUGACGAAACUCAAGGUGGCCACGGAACGUCGUCGCGAAGCCAAAUCGAUUACCGAACGUCGGCAGUGGAAGAAAUUUGGAGAUGCCUGCCAAGAUGGUGAUGGCAAAGAUGGCAAUGCGCAGCGGUCCACAAUUCAAAGCAAAGAUGAAGUAUUCUUGGAAGAUCCCAAUGCCGAUAACGAUUUGCAAGAAGAAGAUGCCACCAAGGCGAUUGCUGGUAACUUGAAUGCGUUUUGGGCCAAACAACAACGUCGUCAAUUGGAACGCAAAUACGAUGUUACUGGUGUGGCGGCCGAAGGAGGUGGUGCCGCUACUGGAUGGACCCAAGUUGGAGCGGGUGGUGCCGCGGCGGCCGGAGGACCUGCGGCAGGUGCUCCCGGCAAGUACAUUCCUCCGGCCGCUCGUGCGGGAUUGUCGGGUGCCCCGGGCGGUGGUCCAUCGGCGUUCAAACCAGAACGACGCGACGAUUUGAAUACCAUUCGGGUCACGAAUAUUAGUGAAAAUACCACCGAAGCCGAUUUGCAAGAUUUGUUUCAACGAUUUGGACGCAUUUCACGCGUUUAUUUGGCCAAAGACAAGGAAACACUCAUCAGCCGUGGAUUUGCGUUCGUGUCGUUUGUCAAUAAGGAUGAUGCCGCCCGCGCCAUGGAAAAAUUGCAGGGAUACGGAUACGAUCAUUUGAUUCUCAAACUCGAAUGGGCGCGACCCAAUACUCCCAAAGAUCCCGCGUCCAGUGGAACCGAGUAUCGAUCGGGGUAUGGAAAAGCAUUGGCGCAAGAUACCAAGGCAAAGGUCUCGUAUGCGUCCAAUCUUACCAAGUAGACUAGUUAUAUCCUACAAUGCUUGGUACUACGCACGACACUAUUCCAUCCACGAGGCAUCUAUGAAAGGAGUUUUGUGAUUUUAUAUAUAAAGUUAAUCGCCUGAUAAAAAGAAUAUAUCUUAUCCU